AUGUCACGCAGCCAACUGCGGCUCUCCCACAUCCCCGAAAACAGCCAAUCAGCGCCGUGGAAGCAGUCUCGACAAAUAGCCAGGGGAGGAAGAAGUCAACAGCGGCAGCACUAUGGCAACGUCAUCCUGCCCAGCGUCUUCGGCACCAUCUGUUUCCUGGGGGUGGUGGGCAACUGCAUCGUCAUCUUCACCAUCCUCAUGAAGAAGAAGAAGACCAGGAGCCGCGCCUCAUGGGCCAAGCAGACGGUGCCCGACAUCUUCAUCCUCAACCUGUCGCUGGCGGACCUCCUCUUCCUCCUGGGCAUGCCCUUCCUCAUCCACCAGCUGCUGGGCAACGGCUCCUGGUGCUUCGGCGCCACCAUGUGCACCGUCAUCAACGCCCUGGACUCCAACAGCCAGACGGUCAGCACCUACAUCCUGACCGCCAUGACGCUGGACCGCUACCUGGCCACGGUGCACCCCUUCCGCUUCGGCCACGUGCGGACGCCGUGCGUGGCCGUGGCCGUGGUGGCCGCCGUGUGGGUGCUCUCACUGCUCUCCAUCACCCCGGUGCUGAUGUACUCUGGCCUCAUGCGCUUACCCGGCGGCGGCGGCGGCGGCGGUGUCGACCGGGUGGGCUGCGCCCUCCUCCUCCCCAACCCGGCGUCGGACAUCUACUGGUUCACCCUCUACCAGUUCGUCUUCGCCUUCGCGCUGCCCCUGCUCGUCAUCUGCGUGGUGUUCUUCAAGAUCCUCCGGCACAUGGCCUCCGCCGUGGCCCCGCUGCCUCCGCGGAGCCUGAGGCUGCGCACCAAGAAGGUGACACGCAUGGCGGUGGCCAUCUGCCUGGCCUUCUUCCUGUGCUGGGCCCCCCACUACGUCCUGCAGCUGCUGCACCUGGGCGUCCAGCAGCCCAGCGCCGCCUUCGCCCUGGCCUACAACAUGGCCAUCUCGCUGGGCUACGCCAACAGCUGCAUCAACCCCUUCCUCUACAUCGUGCUGAGCGACACCUUCAAGAGGCACUUCAUGGUGGCCAUCCAGCCGCAAUCGGCUGCUGCUGCUGCUGCUGCCGCCGCUGCCUCGCACCACAAGGGGGCGCACCCGAUAAGCUCCACCACUACGGAUGGGGAGGUGAGCUUGAGACUGGCACCGGAUGGACAGGGUCAGGGAGGGCCACAGGGCUCGAGAAAGCUCCCACAACAACAGGGUGGACGACAGGAGAAUGUGGGGCACAAGUGA